AUGAGACGCGCUCUGCUGUGAUUUGGUAGGAGGACGUGUGAAAAUCUCCCCUCCCAGUACGCACUUGUUCUUCCAGCUCAUUCGCUUUCAUUUGCCCAGCGUCCUGCAUGCUGAACGACUUCGGAACGAAACGGGUCCCGAAGCUAAUGUGUCAUUGUUGAUUUGAACACCAACUGCUGGUUCAUGUUCCAGUAGCUACCAUGUCAGUGGCACCUCUUUUCCUUGUGGUCUUUCAUUUCCUGGGCGAUGUGUUGGGGGCACAGAUUCCAUAUGGAAACUCACGUAACAUCAACGGUGCUCAGCCGUUCCCCUGGCAUCAGAUUAGACUCCCCCAAACUGUCGUGCCCACCCACUAUGACCUCACCAUUCACCCCAACCUGACCACCCUGACCUUCACAGGCAUCGUUCGCAUCCUGGUGGAUGUUUUAGAGGACACCGAAGCCAUCAUUAUGCACGCCAAGCAGUUGAAGAUUCUCAAUGUAAAGCUCAAAACACCUGAGGGUGAUAGGGCUCUUCAGGUUGUGGAGAAUUCAGUCCACCAGCAGCUAGCCUUGCUGUCAGAUCAGGUGAUCACCAAAGGGGAGGACUACGAGGUCUAUAUGGAGUUUUCUGCCAUCCUCUCGGACACCUACCAUGGUUUUUACAAAAGCAGCUAUCAAACCAGCAGCGGGGAGGUCCGGAUUCUAGCGUCCACACAGUUUGAACCCACCUUUGCCCGAGCAGCAUUCCCUUGUUUUGACGAGCCCAGCUUUAAAGCCAACUUUACCAUUUCCAUCCUACGAGAGUCACGACAUGUUGCCAUUUCCAAUAUGCCCAAGAUCAAAACAGUGACAUUGCCUGGAAAUGUAUUUGAGGAUCAUUUUGCCACCACAGUGAAGAUGAGCACAUACCUGGUAGCGUUCAUUGUUUCUGACUUCCACUCCGUGAGCAAAAUGACCCAACAUGGUGUUAAGAUUUCCGUCUACGCCGUUGCUGAGAAAAUCAACCAGACGGACUUCGCGUUGGAUGCCGCCGUGAGGCUGCUCGAUUUUUACGACACCUACUUCAGUAUUCCUUACCCACUCCCCAAACAGGAUCUGGCUGCUAUCCCUGACUUCCAGGCAGGCGCGAUGGAAAACUGGGGCCUGACCACCUACAGAGAAGAGGCCCUUCUCUUCCACCCUGAAAAAUCCUCAGUGGCAGACAAAGUGCAGAUCGCCAGAAUUAUUGCUCAUGAGCUCGCACACCAGUGGUUUGGCAACUUGGUGACGAUGGAGUGGUGGAAUGAUUUGUGGCUCAACGAGGGCUUUGCCAAGUUUAUGGAAUUUAUUGCCGUUGACAUGACAUAUCCAGAGCUUCAAGCAAAUGACUUGUUUUUGGGCAAGUGUUACCAUGCUAUGGAGGUAGACAGCCUCAGUUCAUCACACCCAAUCUCCACCCCUGUGGAAAACCCCACAGAGAUCCAGGAAAUGUUUGAUGAAGUAUCAUAUGAUAAGGGAGCGUGUGUUCUAAAUAUGCUGAAAGACUUUCUUACGCCAGAGGCCUUCGAGGUCGGGAUCAUCCGCUACCUGAAGCGCUACAGCUAUCGAAACACUGCCAAUAGUCAUCUAUGGGAGAGUCUGACCAAUAUUUGCAAUUCAAACGAAUUGCAUAACGCCUCAUCCAAACAAAUAGAAUUCUGCUGGAAACAUAGCCUUAAAUCUGGAGAAUAUCAAUACGAUGGUAAUAAGUUUGACAUCAAGACCAUCAUGGACACAUGGACACUACAGAAAGGCUUCCCGCUGGUCAACGUUGACCUAAGAAAUCGCAAACUCAUGCUUACCCAGCAACGUUAUGUGAAGAUAGAUGGGAAGCCCACCACCACAACCUCAACCCCCACCACUACUGUAACCCAAACGGAAAAGCAAGUUUGGCAGAUUCCACUGACAUACAAGACGAGCGCCUCUGACACAACACACCACUUCCUGAUGAAGUCAGCAGUAGACCUUGUGCGUGUUCCAAACCCAGUGGACUGGAUCAAGUUAAAUGUGGAUAUGAGUGGCUACUACAUCGUUCACUACGGCAAAGACGGGUGGAAAUCCAUGAUUAACCUUCUGCAGAACAAUCAUACGGCGCUUAGCAGCAAGGACCGUGCUAGUCUGAUACAUGAUGUCUUCCGGCUGGUCAACAUUGAGAAGCUGGGUCUGGAAACAGCUUUGGAUCUGUCCACGUAUCUGUCCAAAGAGACCGACAUCAUGGCUGUGACUCAGGGCUUCGGAGAGCUCGUACCCAUCUAUAAAAUGAUCGAACGGAGGGAAAUUUCUAUUCUGGAGAACGGCAUGAAGGCUUUUAUGCUGGACCUGUUCAAGGACUUAAUUGACAAUCAGAGUUGGGACGACUCCGGUUCCACCUCAGAGCGAACGCUGCGUAGCUACCUGCUGUUGUUCGCCUGUGUCAGGAACUACACUCCUUGUGUGACCAAAGCCACUCAGCUAUUCAACAUAUGGAAGAACUCUCAUGGCAUCAUUAGUCUCCCCAAUGAUGUCACGUUGGCCGUGUAUGCUGUCGGGGCUCAAACGCCGGAAGGGUGGGACUUCCUGUUCGAGCACUACCGCCGGUCUUUGCAAAUGUCUGUCAAGAAUCGCAUCAAAAUCGCCUUGACAAUCAGCCCACUGCGUGACAAGCUCAAGAAGAUUCUGGCAGAGAGUCUUUUGGGUGAAGUGAUAAAAACUCAAGAGUUACCAGAGGUGUUGGUAUCAGUCAGCAGGAACCCUAAAGGCCAUCGAAUAGCGUGGGACUUCCUCCGAGCCAAUUGGGGCACGCUGAUCCAAAAGUUUGAAAUUGGUUCCUCCUCCAUCGCUCACAUGGUGACGGGUGUGACUAAUGCCAUUUCUACAAAGACGUUGCUGACAUCGGUUUGGAAAUUCUUCAGCUCUCUUACGGAGGAGAUGGGCGGUGAGAUGAGGUGUAUCCAGCAGGCUUACGACACUAUCACCGAUAACAUCCGCUGGGCCGACACCAACUUCUCUGUGCUGCAGUCCUGGCUGAAAAAACGCGAGCGUCUUAUUCAUGAGGAUCUAUAAGAUUCACACUUGGACACUUUUUCAAUUCAUUAUGCAGAAUGUAUUUAUUGGGUGAUGGACAAGUGGUUGACUUUCUCAGGGGGUUGUCCCAAGUUGGACACGUUUAAUUUGUGACUUUGCACAAUUUUUGUCAAAGUGAAACAUCUUUUGGCCAGAAAGAAAGUAGAAAGUAACUUUUGUGUUUAAAAGGUCAUUUGUAAUUGCCAUUUUUUUGGUUUAUGUUCAAUUACAGCACUAGAACACAUCUGUCUUUUUGAUGAUAAGUAGUGUGAACUUAGAAUCACUCCCAAUGCCUUUAAAAGAGCGCCCUGGGGACUGGGCAGCUUCGCAUGUAAUGCAAAAUCUACCAUCUAUAAUACAGUGGUACAUCAACAUCCGAUCGCUGUGCCACACGAUCUUUUCGACAUCCGAUGUAAAAUUUGACACCAUUUGUUUCUACAUCCGACGAUAUGCUCAAAAUACAACGAUUUAUGAGAGCGCCGCAGUUUCUUUGUUUUCCCGCAAGAUGGACGCACGGCAGAUUUUCUCGUGAGAGAAUCAACAUGGGUUCCAACAGUGUGGUAAAAAAAGGAAAAAGCUGAGGUUUACCAUUGAAAUGAUGCUGGAAAUGUUAAAAAAAAUAUGAGCGUGGGGUGCGCAUCAGUGAACUGGCUCAACAAAAUGGCCGUAGACGGUCUUUGAUCUCGGUGGUCCUCCUAUGUUCGCCAGUCUUUAUAAGUUAAGGUGACAAUUAUUAUUAUGGUAACAUCAUCAAAGAGAUUACCAGCUUUGUCAGGUUUUUAAUCAUUUCAGAACUUAGCACUACAAAAUAGCAACACGACAUGCCUAUUACCCACUACAUCUGAACAAGUGAAGUGAAAAUAAAAAGUCCUCCCUCACUGUGACACGUCAGUACACCACGCAAAAAACAUCUGCCACAUUAGAACCCGAUUCGUUACAUUAUUACAGGCUUAUUAUUAUAAUUAUUACUAUUAUUAUUAUUCCAAUUUUUGUUCAUAAUUUAUUUGUUUUGCCCUGUGUAAUUACUAUUUGCAAUAGUAACAGCAUUAGUUUUUAAGGAUUUAGUGUUGGUUUUCGGGCUGUGGAAUGAAUUAAUGGAAUUAUAAUGUAUUUUUAUGGGGAAAUCCUGCUCGACAUACGACCAUUUCGACUUACAACCAAGGUUCUGGAACGAAUUAACUUUGUAUGUAGAGGUACCACUGUAUUCCUUUUUCCCCCAAUGGCCCAGCCAAAACCGCUUGGCCACCGACGUCAUUCAUACACCAAAACGAACGGAAUUGUCACAAUGUGGGCUAUUUUUUGACACCCCAAAAAUGACAUUUCUCUAAAAAACACAUUUUUUUUUUUUUUUUUUAAAGAAAAGUGAAACUUCAAAUCACAAAAUUUGUUGUCCAAAUCACAUCGCUUACACACGAAAAAAUUCAGGACGCUAAGGGGCAAAAAGUUCUAUACAGUUUUUGAUGAGAAUGUACGGUUCGACCAAAAUUUGCAGAAAGCAUACUCAUUAAUUUCUAAUGAUCAAAAGUCACCAUUCAUAUCAAUAGCACAAAAACUUCUAUUAAUUCUUAUUGAUUUUCAACUCAAGUGAACCGAUAUCAACAGGAAGAGCACCCAAUAUUUAUGAAAUGCCCCCAGAUCAACAGGAAGUGACCAGAUAUCUACAAUCUACAGGAAGUGACCCUGGAAUGCUUCUAAAUCAACAGAAGGCGACCCCGAAAUCCCCCCUGUAAACAGGAAGUGACCCAAUAUGAACAGGAAGUGAACCCAAAAUGCCUCAAAAUCAACAGGAAGUGACCCAAUAUUUACAGGUCUGACCUGAUAUGCCAACCAUCACUGCAACGCCACCAUUGCAUUUUCUAGUUUAGUAAUGCAUUGAUAUUGAUAGCAUACACAAAAACAAUGUUAUUCCUCCAUCCAUUUCAAUUACGAACAAACAUGUUCACGCAUAUUGACACUAUCUUUUCCCUCGACAAUGGACCCAAAUGCUAUGCAACGUUAGCGCGAACAUGCUAACGUUAUUCAUAUUCCAAAUCUAAGGUUACCGUAUUAACACAAAUGUACAGUGUAUCACAAAAGUGAGUGCAUCCCUCGCAUUUCUGCAGAUAUUUAAGUACUGUAUAUCUUUUCAUGGGACAACACUGACCAAAUGAAAUUUUGACAUAAUGAAAAGUAGUCUGUGUGCAGCUUAUAUAAUAGUUGAUUAAUUUUUCCCUCAAAAUAUAG